AAGACGGGAGGAAAACAGGGAGCCCUGCGGAGGAGGGCUCAGAAUUUGACUGCCUUUGGGAGCAAAAUGUCCCAGGGUAGAAUUACACAGACACAGUAAACAAGGACCGGAGUUUGAGGAUACAGGAGGAACAAUAGUUAGGUGUCACAGUAACCCAGAUGCAGGAGUUGCGGGAACUCUGACCACGGAAGGUUUGGGGGGCACAGUGACCGCGGAGCACGAUAUGGGGGACACUGAUGCAGGUUUGAAUUGCUAGCGAUUAGAGGGACCCUGAGGAGCUGUAAUCGGCUAACUCUGCCUCUGGGGGUCAUGAAGUUCGGGAGAUACUCUUGAGGGGGCGUGACCAGGAAAUCCUGAUCUAGGGGCUGCUCAUUGAUGAACUGGGGGAUUGAACAUUUUCGGGCGUCACUGAUGAAAGGGGCUGGAAGGAGGCAUGGUGAACCGUGUGUGUGUUUAUCUCUUAAAAAGUUACAAAGAAUACACACAUAUCUUUUCGUUGGAAAGAAAAUCUAUAUUCGAAGAGGGAGGUAUCCGGACAGAGUGAAGCUCCCCCUUUAUCCCUGCCUGCCACCCUGUUCAGAGUCCUUUCCCUUUAACGGUGCGUUCUUACAUGCUAUCCGCGCCCACCGACAUUUAUAUCGUGCUUUUUGUUUUCACCAAGAAUCGUGAUAUGUGCAGGUUUCUGCUCCCUGUCUUUCCCCUCUUUUACCUCGGGUUGCUUAUCCUCUUUAGCGCUCCACAGCAGUACUGUGCCUAUGAAGAUGCAUUUUUGAAAACCGAUGCAUGCACGCUCUAACGUGGGGGCUGGGAGGAAGGGUGUAUUUCAAGUUACUCCCUUCGCCUCACGGGUUCCAGCGCAUGCGCUCUGCAGCAGGGCCCAGCUCCCCGAGGGCGCCCUACAACCGCGAAGGCCAGGGCGGCCGGGGUGCUAGGCUGGCAGCCAUCCCACAGGAGGAGGCGUGAGCGGGGCGGGGCCGGAACGUCUUUCUCCCCGGCCGCGCCCAAGCCGGGCACAGAUACCCGCCACAUAGACCAUGGCUUCAGCGGCACUGAGGCAGUUCCCCCAGCUCAUACGGCAGGAGCAGGCUAGGCUGUUCUGUCUCCCUGAAACCUCAGGACACAGCUGCCUUCCCACCGGGCUGGGGAAAGAGAUUUGGACCCGAAAAUUUCUCCCUGCCUCUUGGCUUCUGUGUGGUCCCAGAAGAUAUGCCUCAUCCAGCUUCAAGGCUGCUGACCUGCAGCUGGAAAUGACACAGCAACCUCAUCAGAAGCCUGACCCCAGCGAGCCCCUGCUGUUCGGGAAGACAUUCACCGACCACAUGCUGAUGGUGGAAUGGAACAGGGAGAAGGGCUGGGCCCAGCCCCGAAUCCAGCCCUUCCAGAACCUCACGCUGCACCCGGCCUGCUCUGCUCUCCAUUACUCCCUGCAGCUCUUUGAAGGCAUGAAGGCGUUCAAAGGCAGGGACCAGUGCGUGCGCCUCUUCCGACCUUGGCUCAACAUGGACCGGAUGCUGCGCUCAGCCGUACGCCUCUGUCUGCCGACCUUCGACAAGAUCGAGUUGCUCGAGUGCAUCCGCAGGCUGGUGGAAGUGGACAAGGACUGGGUUCCCGACGGCACAGGCACCAGCCUCUAUGUGCGGCCCGUGUUAAUUGGGAACGAGCCCUCGCUAGGGGUCGGCAACGCCACGCGAGCCCUCCUGUUCGUCAUUCUCUGCCCGGUGGGCGCUUACUUCCCUGGAGAUGCCUUGAGCCCUGUCUCCCUCUUGGCCGACCCAUCAUUCAUCCGGGCCUGGGUGGGUGGGGUCGGAGACUGCAAGCUGGGGGGGAAUUACGGGCCCACCGUGUUCGUGCAGCAGGAGGCAAAAAGGAAGGGCUGCGAACAGGUUCUCUGGCUCUACGGGCCUGACCACCAGCUCACCGAGGUGGGCACCAUGAACAUCUUCAUCUUCUGGACCCACGAGGAUGGGGCACUGGAACUAGUGACUCCCCCACUGGACGGUGUCAUCCUGCCUGGAGUAGUCCGACAGAGUCUGCUGGACCUGGCUCGGACCUGGGGUGAGUUCCGCGUGGCAGAGCGUAAGAUCACCAUGAAGGAGUUCCUGCGGGCUCUGGAGGACGGCCGGGUUCGAGAAGUCUUUGGUUCAGGCACCGCUUGCCAGGUCUGCCCCGUGCACCGAGUCCUGUACGAAGGCAAGCAUCACCACAUUCCCACCAUGGAUAAAGGGCCUGAGCUUAUCCUCCGCUUCUGCAAGGAGCUGAAGGCGAUCCAGUACGGAACAAAGGCCCACGAGUGGAUGUUCCCUGUGUGAUGCUGCGGGCUAUGCUGGACCACUCCGCGGAUCCACCGACCUGUAGCAUCCAGUCCCAUUGGACCGUCACCUCCAUACCAAUGACUCACCUGAAGUGCAAUAUGAAUAAAAGGCGGGGAGCCGGACGCCUGGGUCUCUGGUGCCCCCAUGUUACACUCCCAAAGCCAUAAGGGCCCGACCCAGGCGUCUUGGCCCCUAGCCCCGCCACUGAGGCCUUGGGGACCUGGACUCCCCGCUGCUCCGUGUUGUGGGGUCAAGGAUACACCUUGAUCCUGACUCUGCAUCUCCAUUUUCAGGCCGGAUCUUCCGGUGCCGCCGUUGAUUUUUUUUUUUCCCUAGCUGCAAUUUUGAAAUAAAAUGCCAAAGAACAAGA